UGUGCCACAGUCUGUCUUGGUACACCAGUUUCUCAAAUAUCACUUACCCACAGACCUCGAGUGGUGUGACACACAGGUAUAGGUCAAUCCCCAAUGAAACAAUAACUUAAUGUCAUCAUGCGACACCGUCGACCUUUUGUUAUCUUCUUCAUAGCUGCCAUAUCUUUGGGGUUCCUGGUAACGUCUGCCUCUUCUCAGGUCUCCAAUUCCACAGUCAAUGGCUUCUUACACUGUGUUGGGCUGAGGCCUAUGAACAUGUCUGACAACAACAAGGAGCACAUCCAGAAUCUCAAUGGAGUGGCAGAGGAAGCUUUGGAUGUCUACUCCUUUUUGAGGUCUGGCUUAGUUCACAGUCCUAUUCCUAUCCUGGAAUUGGCUGGAAGCAUCAGUGUAAAUGCCUCAGAGGGGGAACCAUUCCAGGAAGUGAACUUCAUCAAGGCCUGGUUCCAAGUGAAGCUCAAACCUCUGUUACCAACUGUGUCCAGCCAAUUCCUGUCCUGUCUCAGCACCAAGAACUUCAGCUGUGAGACCUACCAAUCUCUGGUAAAAGAUUUAAGUGAUCAUUUCUCAAGCCUGGAUCCUGCCAGGCAGAGAUGGAUCUACAUGUCUUUCAUGUACCCCUUCCUUGCCAGGAACAGUACAGCAGGCUGUGCUGCCAAUGGAGACAGCAGUAAGGACUGGUUGAUGAAGAACUUUGGGACAUUCUCUGGCAUGGCUCACUUCAAGGACUUCACUACAUUGAACCCUGCAUUCAAUGGCCUGGAAGUUCUGAACUUCCUCACUCCAGAGCAGAAGGCAGAGCUUAUCCUACACCCUGAGAUAGGCGGCCUGGACAACUCGACCAUCAGCCUAAUCUUUCAAAGCCUGCUCCAACCUCUGCUGAACAAUCAACAUCUUAACCAAUCGGGACCCACGGUCAGCAUGACCACGCCACCACUCAUGCACAACAUGACAACGGUGCAGCCCAACAUGACAGCGCCUCUGCAAAAUCUCAAAGAGAGCUUCAACAAGUUUCUGAUGUACCUGAAACCUCUGGGGAGUUUCGUCAAGCAGUUCGUGUCCCUCACUCAGCAGAACAACCUAACCUCCAUAAAGAGCACCAUGCUGACCCAGGCGGUGCUGAAUUGGACACUGGCAGAGCUGGCUGGACACUUCCCUGAAAAUAUCACCCUGAGGAACACCACCAAACCCAAUCCGGCACCAUCUCUGGACAACUUUGACAUCACCAGCAUGGACAACUGGUUCCGGCACGUGGUGGUCCCCGUGCUGAGGCGAUUCCUCCCCAAGAACCAGACAGAGAUUCCCCAGGACCUCACCGCUGUUUUCCAGCAUGUCUUCUCUUUAAAUUCUGGCGUGGAUCCCACCCCCUCUGGUCCACCGCACAUCUGUGACGCCAUCCUAAAUGGUCACUCCUGCUCCAUGUCCAAUACAGCACAAAAUCUGGCCAGGGUCCUGAGCUGUGCAGCCCAUAUAAAUCUAACCAUGAGCGAAGAAAACCUGAAGCUUCUGGUGACAGAGCUCUCAGGACCUCUGAGUUCAUCCAUGGAUCAAUAUUCUAAUCUGAACAUGAGCUCGGUGGAGUCCCCACUCUCAGGCUACACCUCUGAGAACCUUCAGCAUGUGGACUUCAUCCGGCUCUGGUUCCAGAUCAAGCUCAGGCCCCUCCUACCCUCAAUAUCAGCCGAGCUCCUCUCCUGUCUCAGCACAAGGAAUUUCAGCUGCGAGUCAUACCAGGCACUCAUCAUGGAGCUGAGCACUCACAUCUCGUCUCUGGAUGAAAUGAGGCAGCAGUUUAUGUACACUGAUUUUAUCCACUACUUCCUGUCACAGCGACAGUCUACAGGUUCCAGUUGCAUCCUCCAUGCCAAUGACAGUGCAGAAUGGGUGACAAAGAAUUUUGGGGGAUUUUCCAUUUUUGCACCCCUACAAGACUUCCUGACUUUACACCCAAACUUUUCUGCAGUGCAGGCCCUGUCUGUACUCACUCCCAGACAGACAGCGGAGCUGAUUGUGUCAGCCCAAACUAGACCACCACAUGACAUCUUCAACAAAGUGUUUGACCACAUAUUACAGUCGCCAAAGGACAGGAGACUGGGAGAUUUCCUCCGUUAUGUUGUGAUGCUCACCAGCAUGGCAAACAUCAGCUGUGACUUCUACAGCAGCAUGGUAAACAGGCUAGACCAGUUGCUGUCAUCCGAGCCCAGGGAAUUCGAGACCAUCAGAGCUGGCCGAGAAGCCCUGCUGCAGAUGGUUCCUCAGAACUGCAUCAUCAGUGCAGGGUGCAUUGUGAUCCCUGUGAAUGAGACUGGAAUUUGCACUGGGGUCAACAGCUCUGUACUGCCCCUCGCUGAUGGGAACAUGACCACGAUGCUCUGCGACAGCAAUCUCACACAUUAUGCCUGCAUGCCAGUGCUGACACAAUUAACAUCUGAAAACGUGGUCUCUCUACUGAGCUGCAAACUGCACAGCAACAUGACGUACCCUGCAGAGGUCUGGAAACUGUUCCUCACCAAAGUCUCUGGAGUUCUGGAUGAGGCCCUCAUUACGUUCUCUAACAUGUCGCUCAACCUCAGUGGCCCGGCCGCAUCUCCUGCCCUGGACGCCAUUGCAGAGAUUCUCAUCAGCAGACUGAGUAAUUCGAGCCUUGGAGACAUUCAUUCCAUCAACAGACUGUUCCAAGGGCAGCUCAUGCCCUUUUUACCUUUUGCAUCACAAGAUUUCCUGUCAUGUCUCAGCACCAGGAACUUCAGCUGUGAGACCUACCAGGCCAUAGUGAGAAUCCUAGGUCAUCAAUACAGAGCAAUGGACAGAAUGCAGCAGACUUUAGUCUAUAACAAUUUCAUCAGAGUCUUCAUGUCUCAAAGUGACACCUCAGAUCCCGGCUGUAUUUACAGUUCAAAUGGCAGUGCGAAUUGGCUUCAAAUGAACUUUGGGGAGUUUUCUGGUUUUCUCAGUUUCAAAGAUAUCUUGAGAUUCAACAGAAACUUCACAGCGUUGGACGCCCUGCCUCUUUUGACCCUGGAGCAGUUAGCUGAUGUUUCUGCUACUCCUGGACAGCUGAGGACCCCUGCAGAUGUCAAUAAACUAAUGAACCAUGUAAAAGAUGCCCAUUUGAGAGCUUUCUUUGAUAGAUUCUCUCCAGCUAUCGAGGGUCGCGACUUCCCGGUAGAGGUGCUGUCUGCGAUGCUCCAGCAGGUGCUGGACAGAGGGAACCUCUCUGACCCGGCGAUCAGAGACACAGAGGUCCUGGUGUGGCUGCGUGACAGGCUCAGGCCUCUCUUGCCACACCUUUCACAGGACCAUGUGGCACCCAUGUUUAACAUCGUGAGACGAAGGGGCUGCAUCGCCACCCAAGAAGUAGUGAAGCUGAUGAAUGAGAUCCAGCCAACCCUGAAGAACAGUACACAAAACGAGGUCUACGCUAACAUACUGCUGUCACUCAGAGAGCCCACUCCACUGCGCUGCUUUGUCAAUGGCAGUUUCUACUUGUUCUUGAAAAGUUCAUUCCUCAACUUCCAGUUUCCCAAACUUUCCACGUUCCUCUCACUGAUCCCGCCAAACCGAAGAACUGAGAUCAUCAGCUCCUUGCCUCCCGCAGAGCUCGGUGACUUUCUCAGGGGGCCAAUGGCUGUGGACAAUGACAAGGACCUCUGUACUGUCUUUGACCACUUCAACCAGAUUCCUGAAUUCCUGCAAAAUGAGAAUGUCCCUGAUGGUGUGAGACGAUCAAUCUUGCCUUGCGUCUGGCACUUGGCCCUGAGAAGUGAGGAUGAGGCAGAAGUGAACGAAUGGUUUGAGAAGAGGCUGAGGAGCUACUUGAAAUUCCUCAAUAAGGACCUCAUCAGCUCCACACAAACACUCAAUGCCACAUGUUUACCAUUCAGGAAAUUCGUCUCUGUGCUUGGAAAUGACUUCAGCUAUAAUCGCUCAGACUUCACUCAAGCUGACGUGUACAGCACCAUUAAAAACUACCUCAAGACAGAUAAGACCCCUAAGUGCUACAAUGCUGCUAAUCCAAAACUGAACUCAACGGCAUGGUUUGCCAAUUACAUUGGCGUCUUCAUCAAAUUCAUCUCCUUGGAAGACCUCGACACAUUUGGCUCUGAAGAAGCACUUUCAGUUUUCUCUGUGAAUCCAGAAAACAUCCAACUCUUCAGUCAUGCUAGCCUCCCACAGAGUAUCACCUCCCGUUUCACUGAAUUAAUCUACGUGGGGAACCCUGGCUUCAACCCUUUACAGCUUCCAAUCAGUUUCCUGUGUGAUGUCCCUGGAGCGGCUUUCUCUCAGCUGGGCGAGAAUGAUAGCAUCAGUGUUUUGGACAGCCUCAAUCAGACCUGCACUGCAGUGGACCCUGCGGUCUCAGCAGCCUUGGCUGGAAAUAUCAAAACUAUCAAUGCGGCAUCAAUCACAGCUCUGGGGCGAGAAAUCACAGGACUGUCACCUGGCCAGAUAACAGCAGCUCCACCGCGUGUAAUAGUGGAUUCCCUUCACAAACUGAGCACCGUGACUGGCUGGAACCAAGGACAGGCCAUUACAAUCAUACGAGUGCUACAGUCAGGAAGCUUCAAGAUUGACAGUCCUCAAAAACUGUUACAGCUGGGGACAUUAAUAAGGGGUGUUCCCUCAAAAAUCAUUUCCAGCAUUAAUCCUUCAGACCUUCUGGAGACAGCCACUGAUGCAACUUUCAUUACCAACAUUGUGAAUGCUCCCCAGAUUGUGCGUCAAACGUUUGUCAGACAGAUUGUCAGUGUGAGCCUUACGUCACAGCAGCUGUUACAAAACAUCCCAGAUGCCAUGGCCACUGAAAUUCCAAGAAAUAAGUUGAGCUUUUUAACAGCAGACCAAUCAGAAGUGGCACAGCGAAUCAACCAGAAAACAUGGAAGCGAGAACAGGCUGUCCUCUUCUUUGAUACAGUUGCAAAUGGAAUCAGUGAUGCUGAUGACAUUUCAACGGAUGUGCUGCAAGGCUUCACAUGCACACGGGUGCAGACCUUCACAAAGGUGAAAAUCAAAAAUCUCGUCAGAGCUUGCAGGCGGAGGAAGAAUCGAAGGAAGGUGGUUCUGAGCCAAACCCAGUUAACCUGCAUGUACAAUAACAUCAAGGAUGAAAGCCCACAGAAUUUUGUUGACUUCCCUUCAGAUAUGCUGUUGUAUUACAAUUAUGCCAAAGUACAGCUCGAAAACUGCAGGUCAUACUUCACAGAGGCUGGAAAUGCAAACUUCAAUGUCCUGUCCAGUGUGUUGAGCAGCAGAAAAACCAUUUUGCUGAACAAUGCCAAAAGCUGUCUAGGUAUAGCUGGGACAAAUAUCACAAGGGAGAAUGUGGAGGUGCUAGGAAACAUGUGCUGCACGCUGGACCAAAGCUACAUUGAGGGAUCGGAUCCUCUGAUCCUGGAGAAACUUAAGAACUGUGAGGAUUUUUCAAGCGCGCAGGUCACUGCAAUCGAAAGCGUUCUCCUUGGUGGCAACUCUCAGUAUGGAUCCCCUGCAACAUGGAGCACAAAAACUCUGAAUGACCUUGGAAUUCUUCCAUUGUACUUAACAGACAACUUCUGGUGGAGAAUCACAACGCGGGACAAACGCAAAUUCCUGAAGGAAUUUAUGAAAAAUCUGCGAAAACUGAAAACAGAAAAGAGAAAAUUGAAAAAGUUGUUCAAAGCAGUCACAGGUUCUCGAAGAAUGAAACGAGCAGCAGGAAAUGAAUGCACAGUGGGCAGCAUUACACAGGUCACUAUAAAUGACGAUGCCUUCCCCUUCGGAUAUGAUGCUGCACAGUUUAACUGUUGUUUGGACGUGAAUGUUGUGAAGGAAAAUCUGGCAAGUCUGACUGAAAAGGUUGAUGAUGAUGAGUUUCAGCAGAUCAUUCUGACCAAAUUGAAUCAGGCAUACCCAUCAGGCCUUUCUGACGAGCAGGUUCAGGUUCUUGGAUCAGUCUCUCGUGUAGCCUCCCUGGAUGACAUCAGCAAGUGGAAUGUCACUACCAUAGACACUCUGGCUGCUUUGAUGGACUCCUCUGGUGGAGACUGGUUACCAGAAAAGAGCAAGGACAUCAUCACAAAAUACUUAACAACCAACACUCUGGGGACCUCUGAACUGAAUGUAAUCGGAGGUACAAAUCUGUGCUCUCUUGAUGCCAGUGUUCUACAAACUAUUACUUCCAUCAGCAUCAGAGAUGCCAACUCCCUGGAUAUUUCAGUUUGUUCAAUUGAGAAGAAGAGGCAACUGUUCAGCAUCGCCAAAGCUGCUUUUACACCUACACCUCGCAAUAGUAACACGCUGCUAUCGUACCAGCUCAUUCAGCCUUACUUGGAAGGUGCUGAUGUGAGUUACAUAAGAAGCCUAUCUACAGCCAAUAUAAGCAUGGACCUAAACACGUUUACAAGUUUGGAUGAAACCGUAAUCCUGAAUCUCACGGUUAGUGAGGUGAAAGGGCUAUUGGGUCUCAACCUGCCUGAUUUGAAGACCUUUGAGAAUGCAACUGUCAUUCAGAAGUGGAUCAGCAGGCAGUUGCAGUCUGAACUUGACUCUUUGAAUUUGAACCUCGCUGGUGGAAAAGCAGAUCCAGCCACCACAGCAGCAACAACGACAACAACAACAGCAACAGCAACAACAUCAGCAACAACAACAAAGACAACAGUAUCUGGUAAGAUGUCAUGA